GGCGGAGUCAGCGUACUGCUGCAGCUGUCCAUGGUUGUGUAGUGGGAGCCAGAGAGGGUCUGGGUACGUGCGAGAUGCAGCCAUAGUCACGCUCCACUCUCCAACAUUAUAACCCGCUGGGAUCGUUAGUUUUGCAGCACAUCAGAGCCGACUGAAAGCCUGAGAACGUAAGGCAUCAUGGCUGAGCAGCAGAGGCAGCGCUCUCUGUCCACCGCUGGUGAGUCUCUCUACCACGUGUUGGGAGUUGAAAAGAUAGCCACAACGGAUGACAUUAAGAGAUCUUACAGGAAGCUGGCGUUGAAGUUUCACCCUGACAAGAAUCCUGACAAUCCAGAAGCAGCAGAUAAGUUCAAGGAGAUAAACAAUGCCCAUGCCAUUCUGAAUGACCCCACGAAGCGUAAUAUUUACGACAAAUAUGGCUCUCUGGGACUGUAUGUGGCUGAGCAGUUUGGAGAGGAGAAUGUUAACACUUACUUUGUCCUUUCAAGCUGGUGGGCAAAGGCUCUGUUUGUAUUCUGCGGCCUGGCUACUGGCUGCUACUUCUGUUGCUGCCUGUGUUGCUGCUGUAACUGCUGCUGUGGAAAAUGUAAACCAAGACCUCGGGAGGGCCAGGACCAGGAAUUUUACGUGUCGCCCGAGGACCUGGAGGCUCAGCUGCAGUCUGAUGAGAGAGAGGCUGGUGGUGACCCUAUAGUGCUGCAACCAUCAGCAACAGAGACAACCCAGCUAACAUCGGAUGGGCACUACUCCUACCACACUGACACCGGCUUCAACUAACCCUCUGCUCCCAUCAAUCCUGGCCUGCAGUCCUGCCUGCUUCCUUGCUCCACCUCAGUGAGACGAAAGAAAGGGGCAAUCCAUCUUUCCACUUCAGAAAGGGAGCCAUGUGGAGGAGAGGGACUAGUAAGCAUGGCCCAUGAAAGGAACUAAUGAAGUCACAUCCCUUACACCCCUCCCUGAUUGGUCCACCUACUUAUCUCUCCCCCCAGUACAAGAAGAAAAGAGAAACAACUAAAUUGUUUCCUUUUUAUUUCUUCUUUUGUAUUUCUUGGCCUUUAACCACACAGGUCGCCUACCCCACUUUCCCUCUCCCAUAUUUUGCAUCAUGGUGUAGCAUGCACUGUUUAUAAAACAUGGUCUCCACAUAUUUUGCAACAUUUUUAGUUUGCAAGACUCAUAAUGUAGGUGCAUACGUACGUGCAAUAUGUUCAUACGAGUACAGUUCACGCGGAGGAGGAGGAGGAGGAGGAAGGGGUGGUGGGGGGGUGGGGUGGUUUACGUGAUAUUUUAUGCUAUAGGAAAGGAGAGCCAUGGCUCAGGGAGGUGCCAGUUAGAGAGAUUUGUUUGUUGGGUUAGGUGUUGCCAUCAUUAAACCUUCAAGAACAGAGUUGUCAUAUAUUAGUACGAUUAUCACUUCUGAUUUGCAAUCAGUAACGUUUUAGGUGAAGAUGCCACCUGCCAUCGUCAGACCUCCAGUAUGUCUUUGGCACUGUGUUUGUUUUGUCUCUUGUUUACUCCCCUGAGUGUUUUUAACGUGAAUCAUGAGGUUGUUAAUGCACAGAGCUUUAUUUGCAGACAAGUUUUUUUUCCUGCCACAGCUUUAUUUCAGCUUAUCCUUGCAAGAUAUGGUCUACGUUCCCUUUUUCUUGCUGCACAGAACAGGUAACUUUUAUAUUGAUUCAUAAUUUAUUUCAUAAUGUUUCCAGCCAGAAAUAACAAUUAUUUAAUAUAUUUUUGACAUAUUAGCAGUUACAUGUUAUUUAUUAAAAUGUUGACAUCGGAUUUAUAAAUUAGAGGCAUUAGCUUUUAAAUGAAUCUGAUUGAUAAUUAACAUUUUAAUAAUGUUAUUCAUCAGCGGAUGAAAUUAAAUCUUUCAUGUUUCCUAGUUUCUAGGUUAUUGGAAUCAUGCUGAGUGCUGCUGUCCUUUCUUUUUCUUUCUUUCUUUUUUGUUUGUCAAAACUAUUUCAGAGACAUCACAAGUCAUUGAGAGUGAAAGACAUUCAUUUCAUCUAACUGUGGCAGUUAUUUUGGUUUACUUAUUGAUUUUGUGCUAUAUGAAGCUGAGGAGCUCCAGGUGAUCCAGCUGACUCUGAUCAGAACUGUUCAAAGGCAGAAGUAACAGAUCUCUAUCAGCAGCAGCAGCAGCAGCAGCAGCAGCAGCAGCAGCCGCCCUGGUUCAGAGGGUGACAUGUUAUUACUAUGAGCUGUCUUGAAUUUAUUUAAGAAGUUAAAUUGAUGUGAAAAAAAAACAUGUUGCAGAGUUAUUUUGGGGAAUAAAGAUGACUACAGAAUAUCCACAUGGGGAUAUUUUAGGUGAGGAGGAAUAUUCACUUCAUCAUGUUUUUAGUCCUUGUGUUUUGAACUGAAGUCUGAUGACUCUGAGAUUUUGUCCAAUGCUGUGAUUGUUUAUCAUUUUUGACUUUUUUGAAUCCAUGUAGAGUAAAGGAGCUUGUGAGGCAUAUCAUCUGUGAGCCAGUGCUACAGGCAGCUCUGAGUAAAAUGACUCUAUAGAUUUUUCAUACUGUUGAAUUUGCAUAUACUGCAACACAUUUGCAAAUUGCCAUAGAUUGCCAUGAACAUCUUUGCCACUUUGUCAUUUCAUAACUGCUAACAAUGUGUUUCAAUGGUUUACAAUUGGUGAGCUCCUGUUGCCCACCCUCUGCUAUUAAUGGUAUGGAUGUUGACCUCUGUGGCCCUUGUAUGAUGUUUCCUGUAACCCUUUAUGAAACAUAGAUGUUCCUGUCAUGGCUUUUUCAUUGAGAUACUGAAAAAUGCUACUGUAAAUGUUCUAAGUUGAAUGCACUGUGUUUAAAAAAAAUUAUAAUGGAUCAAUGAUCAGGAAACGACUCCAUAAAAAGAUAAUAUAGUAUAUAGUGUAACUAUAGUGAAAUGGUUAUAUGAGCAUUUUUUGGAAUUUUAUUUAUUUCAUACUUUGUCAUGUUUCAAAUGAUGAUUGGCUAUAAUUUUAACUGGUAUGGUGUUGUAAUGUAACCAUUACAUUUAGCCAGGAAUGGUUUAAUGGUUAAGGUGGCUUGUACAUACACUUGGCCCAUAUAAAGUAUAAAUCUUAACGUUUAUGUUGUAGCAUGGUAAUUGUGUGUCUGGAAGAAAACAAGUGGAUCAUUGAUCUGAUUUGCUGUUGUUGAAUAAAUGUUCAUGAACAUUU